AAAUUUCGUCGAUGAACGCGGUUGCAAACGAAACAAAAAAGUCGAUCAACUCGACCAAGCGCGUCCGAGGAGAAGUUUGUUUAUACAGUGGCGUCCUAAAACGAAAAUACCAUUUUUCUAUUGGAAAACUGUGCUAAAUGUGGUUGGGCUUCGCCUAGUUGCGAGCACAACCGGUGCUAUGAGGAGGAGACGUUAAAUGCAAUCGGAGUGGUUAAAAGAGAAUACGAAAAAAUCCAUAAAGCGGGUAGCUUCUUGCUACCGGAUUGUUGUGUGUUGUUCUUACAACAGUAAAGUGUGUAAUAUCGUCAUUUCCGGAGGUGUUAUUUGAUUUUCUCUGACCACAUUACAUUUGACUCCUACUCCAAACACCGUAAGAAGAAAAAGAAGAAAACGCCUAAAUCUGGCCUCUAGUUUCGCAUCCAAAAGAAUCCAAUUCCACCAUCAACCAUGCAUAUAAAACAGGUCAUCAUACAGGGCUUCAAGAGCUACCGGGAGCAAACCGUCGUGGAGCCCUUCGACAAGCGACAUAAUGUCGUGGUGGGCCGUAAUGGAUCGGGCAAGAGCAAUUUCUUCUACGCGAUUCAGUUUGUUCUUAGCGACGAGUUCACGCAUCUCCGUCCGGAGCAGAGACAGGCAUUGCUGCACGAGGGUACAGGCCCGAGAGCCAUGUCCGCGUACGUGGAAAUUAUUUUCGAUAAUUCGGACAAUCGUGUUCCGAUCGACAAGGAGGAAAUCUAUCUGCGCCGUGUGAUCGGUGCAAAGAAGGAUCAAUAUUUCCUGAACAAAAAGGUGGUGCCACGCUCGGAAGUGGUCAAUCUGCUCGAAUCGGCCGGAUUUUCCAACUCCAAUCCGUACUACAUCGUGAAGCAGGGUAAAAUCAAUCAAAUGGCAACGGCACCGGAUUCGCAUCGGUUGAAGCUGCUCCGUGAGGUGGCUGGAACGCGCGUGUACGACGAGCGUAAGGAAGAAUCGAUGAAUUUGCUACGUGAAAGCGAAGGUAAACUGGAGAAGAUUUCCGAGUAUCUUCGCACGAUCGAAGAUCGGCUGAAAACGCUGGAGGAAGAGAAGGAAGAGUUGUCCGAGUACCAGAAGUGGGAUAAGGCACGCCGAACGCUCGAGUACGUCAUUUACGAAACGGAACUAAAGGAAACGCGCAAGCAGCUGGAAGAGCUGGACACGCAGCGAAAGUCGUCCGGCGACAAACAGAUGCUACUGACGCAGGAAAUACAAAAAGCACAGGAACGCCUGAAAAACUCCCAGAAAUCGCUGAAGGAUGCCAAGAAGGAUGUAGUGACGGCGAAGGACGAAAAGUCGGUACUAGCGACGGAACAUCAGCAGCUGCUGCGUGAGAAAACCAAGCUGGAUCUAACGAUUUCCGACCUGUCCGAUGAGGUGCAGGGCGAUAACAAAUCGAAGGAACGUGCCGAACAGGAGCUGGAGCGUCUGAAGAUCACGAUCGCGGAGAAGGAAAAGGAGCUGGAACAGGUACGGCCACGGUACGAAGCGAUGCGCCGAAAGGAGGAAGAAUGUUCGCGUGAGUUGAAUCUGAAGGAGCAAAAGCGCAAGGAGCUGUACGCGAAGCAGGGCCGUGGGUCACAGUUCUCGUCGAAGGAGGAGCGUGACAAGUGGAUUCAGGGUGAGCUGAAAUCGCUCAACAAACAGAUCAAGGAUAAGAUUUCGCAUCAGAACAAGCUGCAGGAUGAUCUGAAGAAGGACAUUUCGAAGCAGAGUGAGCUGGAGAAAAAAAUCCAGGAGCAUACGGAAUCGUUCGAACAGUUGCGCGUUCAGAUCGAUGAGCACAAUAAGAAUUUUUACGAGCUGAAGAAAAAGAAGGAUCAUUAUCAGAGCUUGCGGAACGAUAUCUGGAAGAAGGAAACGGCGGUCACGCAAACAUUGUCCGGAUACAAGGAGGAACUAGCUCGUGCCGAUCAAGCGUUAAGAUCGAUGGCUGGUAAACCGAUCCUUAAUGGGCGCGAUUCGGUGCGCAAAGUGUUGGAAAGUUUCCAGCAACGUGGCCGUGAGUAUGCGGACAUUGCCAACGCGUACUAUGGUCCCGUGAUUGAGAAUUUUAACUGCGACAAAUCGAUCUACACCGCCGUCGAGGUGACGGCCGGCAAUCGGUUGUUUCAUCACAUCGUCGAAUCGGAUCGUGUCGGUACGCAGAUUCUCAAGGAAAUGAACAAACAGAAGCUUCCGGGUGAGGUGACGUUUAUGCCACUAAACCGGCUGCAGGUAAAGAUCCACGACUAUCCAGAGGAUCCCGAUUCGAUUCCGAUGAUUUCGAAGCUGAAGUACGAAGAGCAGUACGAUAAGGCGCUGCGGUACAUCUUCGGCAAGACGCUCAUCUGCCGUAAUCUCGAGCGUGCCACCGAGCUAGCCAAAAGCACCGGUCUCGACUGCGUUACGCUCGAGGGUGAUCAGGUUUCAUCGAAGGGAUCGCUCACCGGUGGGUACUUUAACACGUCCCGCUCGCGGUUGGAGAUGCAGAAGAAACGUUCCGAGUACAGCCAGCUGAUACAGGAGCACGAGAAAGAGCUGUCGGACUUUCGGGGCGAGCUGAAGCAAACCGAGGCCAACAUUAACUCGAUCGUGUCCGAGAUGCAAAAGACGGAAACGAAGCAGGGCAAAUCGAAGGACGCGUUCGAGAAGAUACAGGCCGACAUACGGUUGAUGAAGGACGAGCUGUCGCGCAUUGAACGGUUCCGCAACCCGAAGGAACGUUCGCUGGCGCAGUGUAAAGCGAACCUAGAAGCGAUGACCAGCACCAAGGAGGGGCUCGAGAACGAGCUGCACCAGGAGCUAAUGUCGCAGCUUUCAGUACAGGAUCAGCACGAGGUCGAUUCACUGAACGAUGAAAUUCGUCGGUUGAAUCAAGAAAACAAGGAAGCAUUCACCUCGCGUAUGAGCCUGGAAGUGACGAAGAACAAGCUGGAAAAUUUGCUCACCAACAAUCUGUUCCGGCGCAAGGACGAACUCGUACAAGCGCUACAAGAAAUCUCCGUCGAAGAUCGUAAGCGGCAGCUAACGAACUGCCGCAAUGAGGUGGUGGCGACAGAAAAGCGCAUCAAGAAGGUGCUUUCCGACACGGAGGAAGUCGAUCGUAAGCUAAGCGAAGCGUUAAAGCAACAGAAAACGUUGCAGAAAGAGCUAGAAACCUGGAUCCAGAAGGAGAAGGAAGCACAGGAAAAGCUGGAAGAGGACGGCAAGCGCAUGGAAAAGUGGGCAACGAAGGAAAACAUGCUGCACCAGAAGAUUGACGAGUGUACGGAAAAGAUUGCCGGCCUGGGUGCGCUACCAAAUGUGGACGCGAACUACCAGAAGAUGUCACUGAAGUCACUGUUCAAGGAGCUGGAAAAGGCGAACCAGCACCUGAAGAAGUAUAACCACGUCAACAAGAAAGCGCUCGAUCAGUUUCUUAGCUUUUCCGAGCAGAAGGAAAAGCUGUACAAGCGUAAGGCAGAGCUGGACGUUGGCAAGGAUAAGAUCUGCGAGCUGAUGCAGCUGCUCGAGGCACGUAAGGUGGAAGCGAUUCAGUUUACGUUCCGGCAGGUGGCGGCCAACUUUUCCGAGGUGUUCAAAAAGCUGGUCCCGCAGGGCAAUGGGCAUUUGAUACUGCGCACCACGAACGAUGCGGAGGGCAACGAUAUGGAGCGCGAGGUGGAAACGUCCGACGAGUUCACCGGUAUCGGUAUACGCGUGUCGUUCACGCAGGUCGAUGCGGAGAUGCGUGAAAUGAAUCAACUCUCGGGCGGGCAGAAAUCGUUAGUUGCGCUAGCGCUUAUCUUUGCCAUCCAGAAGUGUGAUCCGGCACCGUUCUAUCUGUUCGAUGAAAUUGAUCAAGCGCUGGACGCACAGCAUCGCAGUGCUGUUGCGGACAUGAUACACGAGCAGAGCGAUCGGGCCCAGUUCAUUACGACCACGUUCCGGCCGGAGCUGAUGGAGAAGGCGCACAAGUUUUACGGUGUGCGGUUCCGCAACAAGGUGAGCCAUGUGGAUUGCGUCACGAAGGAGGUUGCGCGAGACUUUGUCGAUGAUGAUACGACGCACGGUUAAGAAGUAUGGUGAGAAAGUGUAGCGGUAAGGAUUUUUUUUUAAAUAUCGUCCUCUAAUGAUUUAUUUAGUAACGUUCCUUUUUCUUUGUUUUGUCGCCUGAGAGUGUUUUUAAAUUAUCCCUUUUUUGGUUUCAAUCAAAACCAUAUUCAGUUGGUCUACAUAAUUGGGAUUCUUAUUUUUUAAAAAUAGCAUAGGCAAAUACAAGAUUCAAUUUUAAUUUGUACGAAAAACGCUUAAACCAUUUUAGUGAACAGAUUUUACACAAAUUUUUAAUGCAACAGGUACAACUCAUAGGCGCAAACAGGAAAGGCUCUUUUUAAGCUUCAAAAUACACUUAUGUGUGCAUGAUCAUGAAAUUUAGUGGAUAGAGUAAGGUCGAAGUGAAGAAUCCACUUCUAUCGGUAGUUGGUAUUAUCUAUCACAUCCAUUAGUGUAUAGCUUAUUUUGUGUGUGUGUGUGUGUAUAUUUAAUCAAUCAUCACGAAGCAGAAAAUAAAGAACUAUAAAAUUUUAA